GGAAGUUGACAGCCCUGCUCCAUGAGAGCAAGAGAGAAGUGAGCAAGGGAUUUAAAUCUCCACAAAAAGCCUCGGAAACGAGACGGAAAUAAGUUCAGCAUCUCCACCUCCUCCUCCUCCACCACCUCCUCCUCCUCCACCACCUCCUCCUCCUCCACCUCCUCCUCUCUUCAUCAACAUGGACUCCUCUCCUGUCCUUCGUCAGCAAAGCCAGAACAAGAUGCUCAGUGACUUUCAGAGAAUGAAGAAUGAACAAAACAAACAAGUGGAUCCAAAGGCUUCCAAACUCCUGCAUUCACACCACCUUUCCAGUAAAGAUGGUGAGAACAAAGAUCCAUCAGAAUUCAGACAGAAAGUACCUUUGCAAGCAAGUGUCAGCAGGCUUCCAGUACUUGCAAAGUCCCUUCAUUUUAAGACUCCCUCUGACUUCAAGCAGUCCCACGCCAGCUGGGAAGACAAACCUUUAGCUGGGAAAGCUAAGAAGAAAAGGCCAUGCACCCGGCCUGUACCAUUUAAUUUCUCUCAACCCAAAAUCAGAAAUAAUCCAAAUGAAAAUCAACAACCAUUACCUGCUCCACGGUCAAGGACUCGCACUGACCGGCCUGAAAACAACUUGACUAAUUCAAAACCUAUGAAACUUGGAGCUGUGUUGAACAGCAACAGAGAUUUAACCAAAAGUUCAGGGCAGUCUCAUGGAAAGAUGACUGAUAAUACCCCUCAAAGAUCAGGACAGUCAGCUUUUUCCAACCCACUAAAGAUUUCAGCAUCCUCCAUUCCCCCUAACACAGUGCAGCAGAAUCAAGCAACUUCCGCUGUGCAGCAUUCUCUUGGUGCAGAGGUCUGUUUGGAAAGCAUGAACCUGCUCAGUAUCAAAGAGCCUUGCAAGGCUUCAGAUGCUGGCCAGAAUCCACCAACUAUGCAGGAAAACUCUUCAAAAGCUUUAAACGACACAAGUGACAUCUUCCAGUCAAACCAUGCAGCUUUGCAGAGUAUCCUCCGGAACGAAGGAGUAACUGUUACACAUUGGGCAUCAACAACUCCACAAACCAAAUCUUACAACUAUCUGCCACUGCGAGUGUCUAUCAUGAAGAGUCAAAAAAAAGCUGGACCGUCUGCAGCCACAAUGAAGUCAGUGCAGUUCUCACCGGAUGCUUCUGCUCUGCAAAGUAUCCUCCUGAACGAGGGUGUGAAGGUUGGAGGGCCCAUGGGUGCCACACCCAGAAUUUCAGUCCGUCCAUCAGGCAGAGGCACUUCAAUCUCCUCAGCUCAAAGAGUGCCUGUUAAAAAAAAACAUGCAGAGGCAACUGGUGGUCCAGUGGCGCUCAAAGAGGCUCCACUGGUGAAAUGGACUCCGCAGAGACUCCUCAACACCAAACAUCAGCCCAUGUCUGCUAUGAAAGGGCAUCCGUCGGCACAACAGUCACCUUACUUCACUCCCAGGCACAGGAACGGCAAAAGCAAACCUCAGCCGGGUCAUGAGGAGAUUGUCCAGAGAUUAUUUUGUGAUUCAGAAGACGUGAGGACCACAAAUGUGACUGACAAAGAUCCAGAGACACAAGCAGACCAGUCCGCUGUUCAAGUCUCAUCUGAUAAAGUUCCCGGUGAAGAGAAAGAGAUGAGUAAGACCAGCAGCGACGAUGAGGAGCAACAGGAGACGUUCUCACAAGCACUUUCUAGACAGUCUGUUAUUUUUUUCUCAACCGGUAAAAACCUGGUCAGAGUCCCACCUUUGGAGAGUCAGGAAAGCUCAGCUCAGCAGAACCAGCAUGCUCCUGUUUCAUCAGAACAGAGAAAGAUUCCAUCAGCUCAAACUGAGUCUGAACUCGGCUGUCGGAUCAACCCCUCUGUUCAGAAUCCUCACAGAGACCUGAUUGUGCAGAAGUCUAGCUCUAUGAGUCCUGCACUGGCAAUCCUGCGCAAGCGUCUUCCUCCUCUGGAGGAGCUGCGUUUGGAUGAGGAGGUGGCCAGCUAUACUUCUGUGUGUGUCUCAACGUCCUCUGGGUUUCUCCCACCUCGGCCUCGGUGUGGAAACCCCCUGGCGUCCAUUUUGCACUUUGACGAGACCAUUAAAUUUGUUCCAGUUGGCUUUGAUCUGUCUUCUGGUUCGGUGUCCGCACGCAGCUCUCCACUACAUGAAAGAUGAUUUAUUCUGCAAUGACUGCAUUUUCCCUCACUGUGAAAAAACUAACCCCUGUGCACUGAUGACACUGUAGAAGUAACUAACUGUGCCACUUUAGUAGACAUUAAGGAAAAUGAAAAGUCAGUCAAAUCCAUUAGGUCAGUGUUUGUUUUUUUUUUGUUUUUGUUUUGUCCAAUAUACAUUUAAAGCAUACAUAGAUUAGUAUGGCCUGAAGCAUUGCUUGUUUUUAAGUGAUAUUUGGAUUGAAAAUGAUGCUAUGUACAGUGUUUAUAAUAAAUGUAUAUUUUGCUGGCGGGCUUUGUAUAAUUUCCUUUUUCUGUUUAAAGGGUCUCUCCAUCACUUUAAUACGAACGUCACUGAAAUGUUAGGAGCUGUACUGCUCCAUCCUGGUUCUUCUAGAUGCAAUUUUGAUUUCUAGCGACAGAACCAACAGAUACAGAAGAAACUGCCUCUGGACACCACUGUAUAGGCUAAUCAGCAAAAUGUAGCAUGCGAUGUAGGCAGAGCGACGACCCGACGGUGUAAUCAAAAUGCAUGGAAAACACCAUGCGGUGGAGUAAGAACGCCGGUCAAUGACUUAACUGGUUUUGUAGUAAAAUUUAGUUGACCCAUGUUGUUAUUGGCAUUUCUGCAGCAUCUUAGUUCAUUUGUGUCCUUUUGGAUGCCCCUGUUUUUUAAUUAUGACAUAAAGCCUGCUCCUUUGGGAUUGGUUUGGUAUGCUCUGUAUGUCUGGUUAUGUCUGUAGAAGGGGAGGGGAACCAGAUGAGGGUUUUUGCGAAUUCAAUUGUUAUGACUAGCCAGGCUAGUUAAAGCAUCAAAGCUGAGAUUAUAUUGCAAAAAUCAAGUCUUUGAGAAAUAAUCACCAUUAGCCUGGAAAACGGUUGUGUCUUAAGUUUCUACUCAGCAGGAUGUACAUCCAUGGAAAAAAAAAAAAAAAAGGAAGCUCACAAAAAAAAUAAUCUUAACUAAAUGCACAAGACACAUUGAGAAUACAGAUAAUUCAAAUGAAUAUUAAACUUAAAUGUAAAGAUAAAUGACAAAAAGAACUGAAAUCGUUUUUAAAAAAUCUAUUGUGUAUGUAGAUUGUGUAUUCUACAUUUUAAAAUAUUUUUUGUUCAAUUCACAUUCAUUUGUAAGCCAUUAAUUCAAAACAUAAUUCAUCUGAAGGCACUUUACAGAGAAAUCAAGUUAGCUGCAAUCCAGUCAUAUUACUAUUCAAUUUGAUCAAUUCCAGCUUAGUCUAAAUUCAUAUGAAGCAGAAAAAAUAGAUAAAAAUAAAAACACAAUAGAAAUAUCUCUGAUAGAAAUCCCACAUCCUGAGCAAGCACGAGGUGACUAUAUAAAUUGUACGGAAAAUGAUUUCUAGUUUUCUGGUUCUUUUUUUUGUGUAUGUUAUAUAUGUCCCUUUAAUUCUCCCUUAUUUUCUUUAGGGGGUGGCACCUAAGUGAAGAUCUGAUGAAAUCUCUGGGUUUCCUUAGUGAGGAUUUCUCCUUUCAAAUGAAUUGGUAUUAUGUGGAUUUUCAUGUGAAUCUGGACUCCACUGGAAUGAAUUCAAUGUAACUGAAACAUCACUUGACUGAAUUCAAUUAUACUUCAGGACUGCAUUGAUGUUUGUAAAGUCCCCUGAGACGACUUUUGUGGUGAUUUGGUGCUGUACAAAUAAA